UUUUAGAAUUUAGAGCAUUAUGAGACUAUUGUAGAAAUUUUAACAACCAGGACCUACAAAUGGCCUGCAGGAUGGAGAGUGGGGGAGGGGAGAAGACCAGAAGAGAGGCAGGAAAACAGAUGCCUUUGCUGAUGUCCUUUGUAGUAUAAAACUUAACAGCACCUAAUCAUUUUCUCAGGUGUGGCUUUGAGAAAUAAACGUUUUAUGUUAAAAAUGAAAAUACUUCACAAUGUGAGACAGCUGGCAUUUGGUAUGUUUGUAAACAUAUUGGAUUCAUAUUUCAUAUUAAAGUGGACAUUUAGUAGGAUUAUUAGAUGAAAAGGAUCCCCCGGGGGAUAUCUAAUAUCAUGUUAUCUGCAGGACAUCUUCUCCAGAAAGACUGUACUAUGAACUAAUUUUCCCCCCUUUGAGUUGCUUGCAAGAAUCUCUGAGAUCUGACACUGAUGGGCUACAGUAAUCAGCAGUUCUUGCAGUACUCAAGACAUUUUAAGGGGCAGGAAAUCUUUCCUAUUUCCAGUAUCUCCUUUUUGGGGGCAAGAAGGGUAAGCUGCUAGUUUUAAGUACAUAAUUUGAAUUUACAGAUUUAUGAUGCUCCUGGCUCUACAGGAAAACGCCUGAAAACAGCAUGGGCCUGAAUGAAGACGCUGCUUUUGAAAGCAAAAUGCCAAUGUGCUAGCUAUGAAACCCACGUAGUCGAACACCAUGAUGCUUCUCCUGCAGGGCAUGUGAUGAGGAGGCGAGCUUGGCUUUGGAGUGCUGGGAACCUGAGGAAUUGCCAAGGACCCAGAGCCCAGCCCUGACCACCAGAGAGCCCAAAACACAAUGAACAAAUUGAAUUUCCAUAACAACAGAGUCAUGCAAGACCGCCGCAGCGUGUGCAUUUUCCUUCCCAACGAUGAAUCUCUGAACAUUAUCAUAAAUGUUAAGAUUCUGUGUCACCAGUUGCUGGUCCAGGUUUGUGACCUGCUUCGGCUAAAGGACUGCCACCUCUUUGGACUCAGUGUUAUACAAAAUAAUGAACAUGUGUAUAUGGAGAUGUCACAAAAGCUUUACAAAUAUUGUCCAAAAGAAUGGAAGAAAGAGGCCAGCAAGGUACGACAAUACGAAGUCACUUGGGGUAUCGACCAAUUUGGGCCUCCUAUGAUCAUCCACUUCCGUGUGCAGUACUAUGUGGAAAAUGGCAGAUUGAUCAGUGACAGAGCAGCAAGAUACUAUUAUUACUGGCACCUGAGAAAACAAGUUCUUCAUUCUCAGUGUGUGCUCCGAGAGGAGGCCUACUUCCUGCUGGCAGCCUUUGCCCUGCAGGCUGAUCUUGGGAACUUCAAAAGGAAUAAGCACUAUGGAAAAUACUUCGAGCCAGAGGCUUACUUCCCAUCUUGGGUUGUUUCCAAGAGGGGGAAAGACUACAUCCUGAAGCACAUUCCAAACAUGCACAAAGAUCAGUUUGCACUGACGGCUUCCGAAGCUCAUCUUAAAUAUAUCAAAGAGGCCGUCCGACUGGAUGACGUCGCUGUUCAUUACUACAGAUUGUAUAAGGAUAAAAGGGAAAUUGAAGCUUCACUGACUCUUGGAUUGACCAUGCGGGGAAUACAGAUUUUUCAGAAUUUAGACGAAGAGAAACAAUUACUUUAUGAUUUCCCCUGGACAAAUGUUGGAAAAUUGGUGUUUGUGGGUAAGAAAUUUGAGAUUUUGCCAGAUGGCUUGCCUUCAGCCCGGAAGCUCAUAUACUACACAGGGUGCCCCAUGCGCUCCAGACACCUCCUGCAACUUCUGAGCAACAGCCACCGCCUCUAUAUGAAUCUGCAGCCUGUCCUGCGCCAUAUCCGGAAGCUGGAGGAAAACGAAGAGAAGAAGCAGUACCGGGAAUCUUACAUCAGUGACAACCUGGACCUCGACAUGGACCAGCUGGAAAAACGAUCGCGGGCCAGCGGGAGCAGUGCGGGCAGCAUGAAGCACAAGCGCCUGUCCCGUCAUUCCACCACCAGCCACAGCAGUUCCCACACCUCGGGCAUUGAGGCAGACACCAAGCCCCGGGACACGGGGCCAGAAGACAGCUACUCCAGCAGUGCCGUCCACCGCAAGCUGAAAACCUGCAGCUCAAUGACCAGUCAUGGCAGCUCCCACACCUCAGGGGUGGAGAGUGGCGGCAAAGACCGGCUGGAAGAGGACUCGCAGGACGAUGAAAUAGAGAUGUUGGUUGAUGACCCCCGGGAUCUGGAGCAGAUGAAUGAAGAGCCUCUGGAAGUCAGCCCAGACAUGUGCAUCUACAUCACGGAGGACAUGCUCAUGUCACGGAAGCUGAACGGACACUCGGGGUUGAUUGUGAAAGAAAUUGGGUCUUCCACCUCGAGCUCUUCAGAAACGGUUGUUAAGCUUCGUGGCCAGAGUACUGAUUCUCUUCCACAGACUAUAUGUCGGAAACCAAAGACCUCCACCGAUCGACACAGCUUGAGCCUUGAUGACAUCCGACUUUACCAGAAAGACUUCCUGCGCAUUGCAGGUCUGUGUCAGGACACUGCUCAGAGUUACACCUUUGGAUGUGGCCAUGAACUGGAUGAGGAAGGCCUCUAUUGCAACAGUUGCUUGGCCCAGCAGUGCAUCAACAUCCAAGAUGCUUUUCCAGUCAAAAGAACCAGCAAAUACUUUUCUCUAGAUCUCACUCAUGAUGAAGUUCCAGAGUUUGUUGUAUAAAGUCCGUCUGUGUGCAGCUGUACAGGCAGCUUACUGUUUGCUAGAGGAUGCGAAAGUCAUGGGUUCUUUACAUAUUACUUGUGCCAUAUCUUCUUCACCCUAAACAUAGCUCUUUCUUUAUAAUAUUUGUGAUGAUGGAAACAAAAGCCUUGGAACAAUUGCACUUUAAGUAUUACACAGAAGUAAAAGAACUACAGAAAAUGUACAGCAAGACAAGUGCCCGGAAGUUCACCGAUCCUUCAGAAGGAAAUGCGCUUUACUGAUUGCAAAGCCUUCAGAAUAUUGGAGUGUGGUGUGUUUGCUCAUCUGAUGCUUUUUAGUUCAGUUACAUGUAACAUCACAUCUUUUUUAUCACGUGAAUGAUGUUAGAUUUAUUUGUUUGCUUGUAAAUUUUUCACCAUUCCCUCAUAAAAUGCUCAUGGUUUGGGAGAGGAAAGAGGGAAGAUUCUCUCUUCUUUUAACAGAGAGACGGUUGCUCUGUAUACCCAUUGCUUCCUCCCUGAGGCUGUCCCAGAGUGAACACUGAUGGAGUGGUCAAAAUCAUGAGGUUGUAGCAAGCCAAAGAUACAUAUGUGACAGAAGCACCUGUGCAGUCAAGACAUGAAUUAAGCAAUAAGCAGAAAACCAGAAGUGCGUGCUGUGGUGUCUGUGACUCCCUCACCCCGCUCAGUGCCAUGUCCUCUUCUGUGAUCUUCCAGAAAGCUCCAGGAUUCAGUUGAGUUCCACAUCCAAGUAACAGAUGAAUUAUAUUCAUGUUGUAAUGCAUUUUGUGGAGUUUACAAAACCAGUGUCUGUUAAAACUGUGGAAAAUGUCUUAGAAAACGUUGGUGCUUGGUGAUGCUUUAUUUGUUUAAUUAUCAAGAACAAAUUACGGCAAUGCUAGUUUCUGCCUAACCAAAAUACUCUAUGUAUAUAUUAUACAUAUAUAAAUACUUGGGAUUGUGUAUGUUUAUAUGUGUUUAAAGCUUACUAUGUCUUCAUUUUGGCUUCCAUGACUAUCUUUUAUAGAUGGAAUUCCUUAAGAUUGAGAAUGUGUCACUGAGUGAGUGAUACCUGCAGACAUCAGUUGACACAUGUAGAGUUCAGAAUGACUGUUCCCUCAUGUGCCUUUGGCCAUGAUUCUCAGCACUGAUUGUAUAACAGAAUUUGGCAGGGGAGCUUUUAAGAAAUAAUGACUGAGUCUCCCACCAGACAGAGUACAUCAUUCUCUUGUGGCGGGACCCAGGUAGAAUUGCCUUUUCCUUUAAAGUUCUCCAGAUGGAGCUAAUAUGCAACAGAGUUGAAAACCACUCAUCCUGGGGGUGUCUUUUGUUAAUUUUGAAGUAAAAGUGUACAGAAGACGUAGUGUAUGAGAAAGGGCCAUUUUUAAGACAGUUACCUGCUGUGCUGCUGUUACAAUAUAUAAUGAAACCAAGUCAGGGGAGUGAACUUAUCAAUCUUUUGAUGUACAGUAAAAACGUUGCUCACACUUCAGGAGAGAACUUCAUAGCACAAUGUCUUUCUAUAAGAUAUUUUUAAUGAUUUAGUAUUUUACAACAUUUGUUUACCAUAUUUUGAUAUACCAUUUUUUUCUAUCUGCCAGGUUUUAUUAAAAAAGCUAUAUAUUAUUUUCUAAAGAAACAAUCAUAUUUUUAUACAAAAUUAUGUUUUCAGGUAACGAAAUAGGUGUAGGGUACAGCGGAACAUAAGCAGUGUUACCCAUGGCUGGGAGUCAGUAUUAUUACAACAAAGGGUGAGCUGGAACAUGCCCCGCCUGUGCUGCCCCUCCCGUGCUAGGUCGCGGAUGUGUAGGCAACAUUGCCUCAUCACGUUAGGUUCACCUGACACUUUAAAAGGAAAAAAAGUUCCGUAGAGUUCUGUGGUCAAAAUUAUUUUGUUUUUAUCAAAUACUUUAAUAGAACCAAAGUUGUAGAUAUUGGAAUGUAUGGAGGUAUCUCAGUCUCUGCAUAAAAGGAUUAAAGUAUGAAAGGAUCAUUUAAUGACUGUUUUACUUACAAGUCAUUAAGUAAUCCACCAUUUCUUAUGGAUGAUGCUUAAGCCUGGUGAGGUUUGUACUCUAAGGAGCCCAGAUCAUAAUGCAGUGCAUUUCCUUAGCCCUUGGAGUUUCUUGCAAACAUUAAAAAAAAAGACAUAUUUAAGAAAGAAAGAUAAAGAAAAAACAUAUUUAAUUACUGUAAACAGGUACUGCUUUAUACUUUAUUUUCUUUCUACUUCAACCAAAAUCAGAUCUUUAAGGUUUUGCUGACAUUGUUGGUGGUUUUGCACAUGCUCUUUCUAAUUGGAUUUAUGAAUAGUCCUAUGGGUUUUCAAAGAUGAAUCAUGCUAAGAACACUUUUGCUUUUUGAUCCACUGUUUGCAGCAGAAUUAUAUAUAUGUAUAUGAAAAAUCCACUUUGAAUAAUCCAUAUUUUGUAUUUGGAAAUUGUUUUUAAAAAUAAAAAGAAAACUAUAAAGCUGUUAUUUAUUCUGCAUUUCUUACAUAUCUAUCGCUUGUCAGUAUACCCGUUUGGUGUAUAUUGCCUCUGCACAUCUACAUUUGUAUUUGCAACAGUGAGCUUUAUAUCUACAUAAACUGUAAAUAAUCCUUUCUGUGAAAGGAUCAUCAUAUCAAGAUGAUACCAAAAGUAUGUAAAAAAAAAAACCCGCAUUAUUUUGUAAUUAUUUCUUAUAGAUGUUUCAUGGUAAGUUUAGCAGUCAAUAAAGUUACUUUUUUGCCUUUAAA